AUGGAGGAUGAGCAGAUUCAGCAUCGGAUGGACCUCUAUAACACAAAACACGAGGUUCUCAACCAGGAGGAGCUGAAUGAAAUAGCUCCAAGACGCAAAAUUGCAAAACCUUCAAGAUGGAAUAGAUUAAGAAGUCGUUUCAGAUGUUCCAAGGCAACUGCUAGAUCUUUUCUCCUCCGUUACGUUCCAGUCCUAAAAUGGCUCCCACGGUACCCAGCCAAGGAAUGGAUAUUGGGGGACCUCAUCUCUGGUAUAAGUGUUGGCAUAGUGCAGUUACCCCAAGGUCUGGCUUAUGCGCUCCUAGCUGGCUUACCCCCGGUUUUUGGCCUGUACACAUCAUUCUAUCCUGUGUUUAUAUACUUCCUUCUUGGAACUUCUAGACAUAUAUCUGUAGGUACAUUUGCUGUGGUGUGUGUUAUGAUAGGUAGUGUUACAGAGUCUCUGGCUCCCAAUGAGAACUUCAUGCAUGCACUGAAUUCCACGGCUGUCGAUGCAGCAGCUAGGGAUCACAGGAGGGUGGAAUUGGCUAUAGCACUUGCAUUCUUAGUGGGCCUUUUUCAGAUAGCCUUGGGUCUGAUACAGUUUGGAUUUGUUGUCACAUAUCUCUCUGACCCCGUCAUCAGUGGAUACACCACCGCCUCUGCUGUGCAUGUUCUUGUGUCCCAACUGAAGUAUCUUUUUGGCAUUAGAUUGAGUCAGAAAACCCAACCAUUUUCCUUAAUUCAUACCAUAAUAAAUCUCUGCUCCAAAAUGACGCAGACAAACAUUGGUACACUCGUUACCAGUAUUGUUGCCAUCACGGUUCUUCUGCUGAUGAAAUAUUUAAAUGAACUUCUGUCUGGAUGGCUUUUCAUUCCAAUUCCUAUCGAGUUGAUAAUGCUCAUUGUUUCUACUGGAAUUUCAUAUGGUGUUGGACUCUAUGAAAAAUAUGAGAUUGAGCCUGUUGGCGAUAUACCUGUUGGCCUACAAGUACCAAUGCUGCCAAACUUCAGUCACUUCAGUGAUAUCGUUGGGAAUGCAUUUGCAAUUGCUGUGGUGGGAUACGCUAUAACCAUAUCAUUAGGAAAAGUGUUUGCAUCUAAACAUGGCUACAAAGUGGACAGCAACCAGGAGCUGAUUGCCAUUGGUUUCAGUAAUUUUAUUGGAAGCUUCUUUCAAUCUUUCGCCAUCAGCGCCUCUGUCUCCAGGUCCCUUCUCCAGGAGAGCACCGGUGGCAACAGCCAGGUUGCAAGUGCCAUAGCUUCAUGUGUCAUCUUUGUGAUCAUCCUACGUGCAGGAGAACUUUUUGAAGACUUACCAAAGGCAAUAUUAGCUUCAAUUGUUGUUGUCAACUUGAAGGGAAUGUUCAAACAAUUCUCUGAAGUCAGAGUACUAUGGAAGACAAAUAAAAUCGAUCUGCUUGUGUGGACAGUGACUUUCAUUGCAACAAUUCUCUUAAAUAUGGACAUUGGCUUGAUUGUCUCUAUUGGCUUCUCACUACUUACCAUUGUUAUCAGAACUCAGCUGUCAAACUAUUCAGUCCUUGGUAAAAUAGAUGACUUGAGUAUAUACAGAGAUGUUACACAUUAUCACAAGGCUAAGGAAAUUACAGGAAUAAAAAUCUUCCAUUCUUCCUCCACCAUUUUCUUUGCCAAUGCUGAACUGUAUACAGAGGCUCUCAAGCAGAAGUGUGGUGUAGACGUUGAGAGACUUAUUGAAAAGAAGAGGAAAGCCAUUAAAAAACUAAAGAAAAAACAGCAAAAAGCCAACAAGAAAGCUCAGAAAGACAAACAACAAACGGAAGAGUUAACAGGGCGCGAUAAUGUUGGCUUUGAUGGUCUUGAAUUAGGAAGUGUUCCAAAAGAAAGAGAAGAGGAGAAAGAACGGGACAUGCAAGAAGGGACAAUAAUUACAGUUCCAGGACAUGGCAAGAUAGAGGACACAGCUGCCAAAUGCACACUCCAAUCCCUGGGUCUGUACAAGCCUGACUUUCAUUCACUCAUUCUAGACUUUACUGCGGUGAAUUUUGUGGACACAGUUUGUGUAAAGGUUUUAGGAAAAAUUUUCAAGGAUUUUGCAGAAAUUGAAGUGGAGGUGUACCUUGCUGGCUGCAGUGAAACCGUUAUGACCGGGCUAGAAGAAGGAAAUUUUUUUACUGACAGUAUUUCUCGGUCCCACGUAUUUUCUUCUGUUCAUGACGCAGUUACAUACCUGACAAUGGAGCAAGAUCAGAUCUCCAUGAUGAAUGUCCAGAGGGGACCUGAUACAAGACUCUAACCAAUGUACAGUUGAAUCCAUCCAAACUGGCCUUCAGUGAUAAAAGCACUUGGAAGAGUAUACCUUAUUUCAGAGACAAAUCAGAAAGUCUGGCUGUUAAGUGAUCAACAGAAUCAAACCAUGAAUAUUCAGUAAAUUCUAUCCUUCUGUCAUCGUUCUGGCUCAUUAAAGCAUUAAUCUGAGCAUUCACCACCAGUUCAGCUUGAAGAUCUAUUGAAAUCUAUUGUCAGAGUACAAUCUGUGGCAGCAUUUUCAGAGCCACAAUUUUGUUAAAGAAUAAAAUAUAAAAUGAUCCUGGAGAGAGGUUUUGUAAUAACAAGUUCACCAUUCUGGCUCAAGGAGGAAGUCUCAGAUCAUAUUUA